AUGGGUCAAGAAGAUAUAAAGAAUGAGCUUGAGAAGCUUAGACUUGAGAAUGAAAGGCUUAGAAAAGAAUUAGCUUCGAAAGAUUCUAAUCAAAUCAAUGAAACUUAUACUCCGAAUUCAUCAGAUUUCACACUUGAUGAAUACAAGAGAUAUGGUAGACAAAUGAUUGUUCCACAAGUUACAAUAGAGGGCCAAAAGAAGUUGAAGAAUGCAAAAGUACUCGUCAUCGGUGCUGGUGGUCUUGGAUGUCCAGCGUUACUAUAUUUGGGAGGGGCCGGUAUUGGUAAAAUUGGUAUAGUUGAUGAUGAUACAGUUGAUAUUUCAAAUUUACAUAGACAAGUUUUACAUACAACUGAUAAAGUUGGUGAAUUCAAAUGUGAAUCUGCUAAAUCAUAUAUAAACAAAUUGAAUCCGCAUGUUGAGGUUCAAACUUAUCCAUUUAGAUUAUCAACAUGUAAUGCAUUUGAAAUAUUUGAACAAUAUGAUUUAGUCCUAGAUUGUACAGAUUCUCCAUAUUCAAGAUAUUUAAUUUCAGAUGUUGCUACCAUUACAAAAAUUCCUGUUGUUUCUGGUUCAGGUUUGAAAACUGAAGGUCAGUUAUCUAUAUUAAAUUUUGAAAAUAAAGGGCCAUGCUAUAGAUGUUUUUACCCUAAACCACCACCACCAAAUAGUGUUACUUCAUGUAAAGACGGUGGUGUUAUUGGUCCAGUAAUUGGUCUUAUGGGUGUUAUGAUGGCUCUUGAAACUAUUAAAGUUAUUGUGGGUAGUUAUUCAGAUGGAAAUUUCAAACCAUUUUUAUCAAUAUAUUCUGGUUAUGAACAACAAAGUAUUAAAACAUUCAAGAUGAGAGGACGUAAAGCUGAUUGUUUAACAUGCAGUGGUCAAAUCACAAAAGAAAUAAUAACAAAAGGUGAUAUAAAUUAUGCAGAAUUUUGUGGUGUUGUUAAUUAUAAUGUAUUGAAACCUGAAGAAAGAAUCUCAAUUGAAGAAUAUCAUAAAUUAGUUGAAUCUGAUCACGUUCUUUUAGAUGUUAGACCACCUGAACAUUUUCAAAUUAUACAUUUACCAAACUCUGUUAAUAUCCCAUUAGACCGUUUGAAAAGAAUUGAAAGCUUGGAGAAUUUAGGUUUUGAUUCAACCAAAAACAUUUAUACAAUUUGUCGAUUCGGUAAUGAUUCUCAAUAUGCUUCAAGAUAUCUUAAUGAUACUUUCGAUUUGAAAACUAAAGAUAUAAGUGGUGGUCUUUUCCAAUGGUCAAAUAAAAUAGAUCCAAAAUUCCCAACUUAUUAA